UCGUGCACAGAACGGUUCUUCCUCCUAGUGAUGCCAAAAAUGGCGGUCAAAAAAAUAUAGGCACAAGUUCAAUUGUCUCCUCGGCCGCCAAAGAUGACGCGGGUUAUUGAUCCGCUGCAGAGAUCUUACAUGCAGGACGAUGUGAUUUUCAACAUCAUGUUAGGCUCCUGUGAAGUCCGUCUGCGAGGUCGGCAUGCCAUGAUACCUGCCCUCCACUUUCUUAAUGAUCAUGGAGCUCUCCAAGACGCGACCAAAGCAAGCACGCCCAGAGCCGAUGGAUCGCACCCGACGACACCCACCCCUAGGACUCUGCGACGCAGAACCAUUUUCUUUCCCAACUUGAUCGAAACAACUUAUUUACGCCUUUGCAACUUGUGAAAAUAUACAAUUCAGGCAAAUAAUGUGCAGAUCUGCAGACAUAGAUAACUCACGUUGGCAGCUUGGCUACGGAACCUGCUUUAGUCAAAAACUUCAAAAUUCAUCUUCAGAUCUUGCGUUCCAUUAUGGAUCUGACGCUCUCGUCAGUGUGCAUCUCACUGCUCUGCAUCUCCCUGCUGUGCUACCUAUGGAACAAGGCAACCAACCCCCCCGCCGGCGCGCCUGCGCCGCCGGGGCCAACGCCGUACCCGGUCAUCGGCAACAUCCCCGACCUGCUCCGCGCCGGCGAGCUGCACCGCGCGCUCGCUCGGUUGUCGGAGACCUACGGCCCCGUCAUGUCCAUGAGGCUCGGCACGGCGACCACCGUGGUGCUGUCGUCCCCGGCGGCAGCGCAUGAGGCGCUCCACAAGAAGGACGGCGCCGUCUCCGACCGGUGGGUCCCCGACAACGCCAACGUCAUGGGCCACAGCGGCAUCUCCAUGGUGUGGCUCCCGAGCUCCAGCCCCCUGUGGAAGCACCUGCGCACCGUGGCGAGCACCCUGCUCUUCACGUCCCGGCGGCUCGGCGCCAGCCGGCCCAUCCAGGAGCGCAAGGCCCGGGAGCUCGUGGCCCACUUCCGCGGCGCGAGCGGGCCCGUGCGCGUGGCGCUCCCCGUGUUCAGCGCCGUGCUCAACAUGAUGUCCAGCGUCCUCUUCUCGGAGGACCUCGUCGAGCUGGGGUCUUCGUCGUCGUCGUCGCUCAAGGGGCAGGAGUUCAGGGAGCUCAUCGCCGACUCCGUCGCGGAGACGGCCAAGCCGAACAUCUCCGACCUUUUUCCUUUCCUCAGCGCGUUCGACCUCAGCCGCCGCCGCGCCGCGGUCACGGCGAAUCUCACUAAAUUCUACCAGUUCUUUGACGCUAUCAUAGACCGUCGGCUGAGCAGCGGCGCCGAGAAGCACGGCGACCUGCUGGACUCGCUGCUCGAGCUCCACGCCAAGUCACAGCUGGAGCGGCCGGUGAUCAGAGCUCUCUUAACGGAUCUGUUCAUCGCCGGGAGCCACACGACGACGACCACGGUGGAGUGGGCUAUGGCGGAGCUGCUGCGCAACCCGACCAAAAUGGCCAAGGCGCGCGCCGAGCUCAGGGAAGCGUUCGGAUCGGGCAGAGCGGAGGAAGGCGAUCUCGCCAGCCUCCCGUACCUCCAGGCCGUGGUGAAGGAGACGCUGCGGCUGCACCCGGCGGGCCCGCUGCUGCUGCCGCACGAGGUGUCGGAACCCGGCGUGACGCUGGGGGGCUUCUCGGUGCCCAAGGGCGCCCGCGUCCUGAUCAACGCGUGGGCGAUCGGGAGGGACCCCGAGGCGUGGGGCGACGAGCCGGAGGCGUUCGCGCCGGAGAGAUUCUUGGGGAGGGAGGUGGACUUCCGCGGGAGGGCGUUCGAGUUCAUACCGUUCGGGUCGGGCCGGAGGGCGUGCCCCGGGAUGCCGCUUGCCGUGGCGGUCGUGCCCAUGGUGCUGGCGUCGCUGCUCCACGAGUUCGAGUGGAGGCUGCCGGACGGCAUGGUGCCCGGCGAUGUUGACCUCAGCGACCGGUUCGGCGCCGCGCUGGAGCUCGCCGCUCCUCUCUGGGCCGUGCCGAUUCCGGUGGAACGCACGGAAGAUUUGACUUCGUGAUCGGACCUGUGAAUUGCGCGUUCCCUGCAUUUUCUUUGAUUAUUUAUUGCGUAUGAUGUCUCGCUAAAAAUAUCAAUUUAAAAAGCUCUCAAUAAAUGAUACGGGCGUGGCUAUUUCUUAGUCGAUUGAUUUAUGAGAAAAAUAUCUUGAAUCUCA